AUGGACAGCACCGAGACCGAGCAGAAUGACAGGUACUUUUUCUCUCGGACCUUUCUGUCUUCCGUGCGACUUACGGCGCAGCACUUUCUCUGGGUUCUCAAGAACGGGUUCUUGCUCCACCAGGCAGUGGAGCAGCGACUCUCUCAAGUAGACACGCCAGAAGUGGUGGAUGUUGCAACGGGAAAUGCGAUUGUGGCACUCACUAUCGCUCGCGACCCCCCUCGCAGCAAGGUCGUCGCCCUCGAUAUCUCGGACCAGCAGUAUCCUCCCGCCUGGACUUGCCCAGCAAACAUUGAGUUUGGCCUGUGGAAUUUCUUCGACCCGGUGCCCGAACAAUUCUAUGAGAGGUUCGACGUCGUUCACAUCCGGGCAGUUUGCUCCACGUUGUACGGCACAAGCAAGGCUGAGAUUCUUGACAAGUUGAUCAAGAUGUUGAAGCCUGGAGGAUACCUCCAGUGGCACGAAUGCUAUUCGAACCUGAUUGGGGUUCUGGACGAACACUCGUCUCUCAACCACUCGCCAGGCCUGACGGACUAUUUCGAGGUGAUCGACAAACAUACCGGUGGACUCAGCUGCGCUCGCCAAUUCGACGACCUGGAGCAGGUGUUUCAGAGCAAGGGUCUGAUGGACGUGGAGAAGACAGUCUCGAGGGUCAUCCCUCAUCUGCUCAAGUAUGAGACAGAUCUGGUCUUGAUGUCAAUGCAGGAAGUCAUGGGGACUUUGCGACGGCGUAUGGAUCAUUCACCAGAAGUGAUGCGGAAGCUGGAAGAAGCUCAAGCGAUGAUGUCGAGCGAAGCGGCCAGCGGGAAAUGCUUUAUCUAUCUGAUGGCAGUCUUUGUGGGUCGAAAGCCUGGCGGGCACUGA